CACGCAAGAGGUAUUCGCCAAAUGCCAGUUAGGUCGGAAGAGACAAAACAGAAAGGCGUCUUUUUGCGCUUCUUGUUCAUCGAGCAAUGUUUCAGAAAAAAUGAGGACAUACAAGGCACUGUUUCCAACUAAAUCUUUUAUCCAAGAAAACCAAUAUACAGUAAACUACCACUUGAACGUCACUUAAGCAAAUUAUUCAGCUGUACGAACUUUUUUUGUAUCCCCCAUCGAAACGCCAUUCAGCCCAAUGCAAAUGCCUUUCAGUUUAACAAAAUUCAGUACAGUGGCAUUUCAGUUCUGUGAUCAUAUUCUGCUACAUCAUCAUCAUCAUUAUUUUUAUUUUUACCACUGGAUACAAGGUGAAAAAGGGAGAGCCAGGAAAAAAGCCGAAAUCUCUUCGGCUUGACAAAGUUCCGGUCUCCCAGACAGGCACGGAAGCGGCUGGUGUAGCAAUACAAUUACGCAUAAAGUGUGAAUAUAAGAGUUUUUUAAACACAAAUACAUAUGGAAAUUUUCAUGUUAUUACAUGGAAACUAGUUGUAAUACAGUUGUGUCAAAUGACUCCCAGUAUACAAUUAUAAUCUGUUAUCUUGCAUAUUAUUAUUUAACACAGACUCAGUUGCAUAUAUCAUAGUGGACUUGGAAGCACCGAACGAGUACGGAUGCUGAUCAAAUUUUUUCUGAUCGCACAGAUCGUGCUGUCGAGGACCGGAUUCGUCGACGCAGGGUCUGAGCAUGCACUGCAUCAGGCCUAUCUACUGCUACCUCCGGCUGUCUGCCCUGCUGGCUUCAUCGGACAAAACAAGUCGCAGGAAGCUGUACCACGUGCACUGCACUGGGACCACCUGACCAGCACGGUGACGUCGACGGAGACAUCAUGGCACCCGGAUAAAAGCAGCAGCCUUUUCGACGUUCCCUUCAGUGGACUUGGAAGCACCGAACGAGCACGGAUGCUGAUCAAAUUUUUUCUGCUCGCACAGUUUCUUCCUCUGGGCUUAAGUGGGACGCUUCUCCAUCAUUGGUGUGAAAGUGCCUCCAGAACCUUCCGGGAUUAUUCCGCCCGUCUCGUGCUUCUGAAAAGAGCUUGCGGUAUUGGCGUGAACAGACAGCUGGACAAGUCGGAAUGGCAAUGCACCUUGGAGAACAAGACUCUAAUUGUGAAAGUCUGGUGGUUUCACAGAACUUUGUUUUAUGUCAAGAUGGGCUGACACCAUGUCACCUGAUGCUGUCACUCUCUGAUCGCUUUCAAGAUAUGGGCCCGCUCUUCAAGGCAAAGCGACGAGAACACGGAGUUCAAGAUAUGGUCCACGCGGCGCAUAAUGGUUUGACGUGGAUGGAUAAGGCACUAAAGAGCAGUAUCAGCUUAUAAUGAUCAGAACGUCAUCAGCACACCUGGCGCCGCUGUCUGCAGCAGUCCGUGUUGCUGCGACGCUGCUGUUUAUACCGGUCAUAUUAACUUCCAUAACACUCUUUUUUGUUCAAGUACCCUAAAGAGGCCAGGAGGCAUAGGGGUGGGGGAUGUUACGAUUGGCCAGCGGGGAUAGUGACCUUCUGGCUUCACUGCAAUGAAUCGCUUCGUGAAGCCAACAACACGCCCCCUUCGAAUAGCCCUUCGGAGCCAGUAAGGCUAGACACGUUUGGCGGACAGGAUUGUUAGCUGGUUCGCUGUCACCUUCAGGGACCAAUUGGAGCAAGAAAACUCCUGGAAAUGUUUGUUCUAUGGCAUUCCCCCAUGUACUCUGGUAAUAGUCACGGUCAUGACAGAUUCAGCAGCUAACUGCAGUCAGCUCAGGAACCAAGACAUGCCAGCUUGAGUCAAGCGUGACAACACCUGUCUAUGAGGCCUCACUGGUUUUGGUGUGUUCAGUAAAACAAAAGUGCAAGAGAGUGUGUGAACCUUCGCCCUCAAAGGCGGGUACUUCGACGACUUUGGACGCUUUGAUUGGAUGAAGGUUGGAUGGCAGCUUUCC